GCAGAGAAGAGAUCAUCGCAGUGAAUAUGGCGAAGGGGAGCCGGGGACUGAGGAGAGCGGUAGAAUGUAUAAAACAAUUGCCGGUCACAGUCAGCCGAGAAAACCCUACAAGGAAUGGCUUGAGAUAUCUCUCCUCAUGUGGGAUCCUAAUGACGCGGAUGCCGCCCCUUCUGGGGACCAUGCCCAGGCCCAGAGUCAUCGUGGCCCCCACCCGCUCCUUCUUCAACCUGGCUGACACAUUCAACAAGAGGAAGGAGUACUCUGAGAGACGCAUCAUGGGGUACUCUAUGUUGGAGAUGUAUGAAGUGGUAGCUGGGGUGGAGAACUACCUUCACUUCGUUCCCUGGUGUAAGAAGUCUGACGUGGUGUUCCGGCGCUCAGGGUUCUGCAAGGCCAAGCUGACCGUUGGCUUCCCCCCCGUAGUGGAGAACUACACCUCGCUGGUCACCACAGUGCGCCCCCACCUGGUAAAGGCUGCCUGUUCAGACGGUAAGCUCUUCAACCACCUGGAGACUGUGUGGUGCUUCAGCCCUGGCCUCCCUGGCUACCCUCGCACCUGCACCGUCGACUUCUCUAUCUCCUUUGAGUUCCGCUCUCUGCUGCACUCCCAGCUGGCCACGGUGUUCUUUGAUGAGGUGGUGAAGCAGAACGUGUCAGCUUUUGAGAGGCGGGCCGGUAAACUGUAUGGAGCCCAGACCAUGAUCCCCCAAGAGCUCAUGUUUCACGAGGUCCACCACACGUAGUGCCCCAACGCGUCUUCUCUUCACACACACACACACACACACACACACACACACACACACACACACACACACACACACACACACACACAC